AUGAAUUGCAGCGAGAGUCAACGGCUGCAAACCCUUUUGAGCCGCCUGCUGCUUCAGCUGCACCAUCGGGGUAAUGCCAGCGGUUUGGGCACCAGCCCCGGCCCAAGCAUGGGUAUGGGUGUCGUGCCUGACCCUUUCGUGGGCCACGAGGUGACCAGCGCCAAAGGUGACGACGCCUAUCUCUACAUCCUGCUCAUCAUGAUCUUCUAUGCCUGCCUGGCCGGAGUCCUCAUCCUGGCCUACACCCGCUCCCGCAAGCUCAUAGAGGCCAAGAACGAGCCAUCUCAGGCCUACCCUGGCGAGCAGGAAUGGGCCGCAGGCGGUUACCCAGCCACCGACGCCGAGACAGCCUCUGGGUCCCCAGCCCAGGGCUUCAGCCAGUCUGCCCUGGGGGCGCUGCCUGCUCUCCCUCUAGGUGCCAAACAGGUCUAG